AUGAUUGCUUCUCGGUGCUUUGCUAGUUUGACGCUGUGCAGCCUGGUCAUUGCCCAAAGUGGCGGCUCAGCACGAGUCAGUCUACCCAGGCUGGGAGGUUUGCUCCCAGCUGCAGUGCAGACACCCCCCCGAGUUCCCAGCUGGGAAGCCUUGUGCUUUAACCACCAGACCAUUUCUUCCUCUUCAAGUAAUAGAGCAAAUGCAAACCUACUCGUUUCAAAACCUGCAUUCAUUUUUUGUCUUUUCCCGCCCUUGUUAGUCAAGAGCGUUGAGUAUUUAAGGUCGUUCGUAAAGUACCGGGAGAAAGUGGCUUAUGACAGAGCGGCUUUAGAAUCGAUGCAUCAGAAGGCAAAAAGGGCCACCGAAGAGCAUGACAAAAUCAUUCAGCUAGAAUUCCAAGCCUAUCAGAGGACGUUCAAGCUGCGGUUAAGCAGGGACACGAGUGCUUUCGCCAGAGACUUCGAGGUGACCGGGAAGGCCACCUCAGAGCCUGCAGAUGUGUCUUUCAUUUACUCUGGUGUCUUGCAAGAUGAGCCUGGAUCUUUCUGCCACGGUGCCAUCAUCAAUGGCCUUUUCGAAGGGUUUAUCAGAACCAAGAAUGGCACCUACUACGUGGAGGCUCCCGGCGCAUCUGUCAGCAAUGCGACGUCUCCAGGCCAUGCUCUCAUCCACCAUGAAAGCGACAUCGAUUAUUCCAUUUUAGAAGAUCCAGACUCUGCUUCUUUGACUCGGAGAACGCAUCAGGUCUUGCAGAAUUUCCAGCAAGAGCUAAAGUUAAAGGGAGAAACCUUGGAGAGGCGGAGAAGGAGUCUGGAUUAUUCUAGGACGUCCUGCCUGCUGUACCUUCAAGCUGACUACUUGUUCUACCAAAGAUUUGGCACCACUGAAGCAGUGAUUGCUCAGAUUGCUAGCUACAUAAAAGCCGUGAAUGCAAUUUACGAAGGUGCAAAUUUUGAUGGUAUCAGGCACAUCGACUUCAAAGUGAAAACCCUGGACAUAAUCCAGGAGAACAAUCCUUCUGGUUCUAUGGAGUCACCUUUCAUCGGCCCAGAAAUGCUGCUGAUGCUGCACUCCAAGUCCAACUGGAAUAGCUAUUGUCUCUCCUACCUCCUCACUGACAGGGAUUACAGCGGAGUUCUUGGGAUUGCUUUUAAUGGACAAGCUGGUGACUUGGGGGGAAUAUGUUCCAAGCACAGGAAAUUCCGGGACAAGGAGGUGUCUCUGAACACUGGCUUGAUCACGCUGCAGAAAUAUGGCCAAUAUUUGCCUCCUAGGAUUCUCCAUAUCACUCUGGCCCACGAACUUGGCCACAGCCUGGGAGCUCCGCAUGAUGAAAGUAAAGAAUGCGCCCGUUUCAGCUUUGACACCACGCAUGGGAACUACCUGAUGUUCAGCUACGCCACAGACGGAUGGCAAUACAACAAUGACAAAUUCUCCCCGUGCAGCAGUGAAUACAUCGGGAACAUCCUAAGAGCCAAGAAGGACAGGUGCUUCGUUGAAACUGACCGCCCCAUCUGUGGGAAUCAAAUUGUAGAUCCAGGGGAGGAGUGCGACGCGGGCAACGAUGACUCUGACCCUUGCUGCUAUGCUGCCAAGGAGCCAGAGGGCAUCCGAUGUAGGCUGAAGCCAGGAGUGCAGUGCAGCUCAAGCCAGGGCCUGUGCUGCAGCCAUGAAUGUGUCUAUAAACUCCAAGGGGAGCUCUGCCAUGAGGAGACUGAUUGCACCUUUGAGAGCACCUGCUCUGGACGAACAGCUGAAUGCACCGUUCCCCCUCCCAAAGCCAAUUACACUCCAUGCAGCAUGGGGACACGGAUCUGCUUAAAUGGGCUCUGCCUCGGAUCACUCUGCGUCAAGUACAGCCUGGAGCAAUGCGACUGCGUUAGCACAUCCAGGCAGGAGAAAUGCCACGUAUGCUGCCAGCAGCCAGGCCAAGUGGACACAUGUGCCAGUACAUCCUCUGCUCUGCUGCAGCAUCACUUCAACGGCACGCACAUCCCGCUGACCCCAGGCACGCCCUGCAGGGACAGGACGGGCUACUGCGAUAAGUUUCACGUCUGUCGGCUCGUGGACGAAGAUGGGCCCAUAGCCAGGGUGAAGAAUUCCAUCUUGGAUUUCAUUGAGCUGCAGGAUGUAUCAGACUGGAUGAAGACGCGCUGGUGGGCUGUGCUCUUGAUGAUCCUGACUUUGGCAGCUGUGAUGGCCGGCACAGUCUUCCUCUUCGGAAGGACGCUUGAAAGCGAAAAAGAAGAGAAAAGCAUGAAGUGCACGGUCAAGAAGAACUCACUCAGCCAGCAACCUGAGAAAAGGCAAACAUUAAUAUACUGGGAACACGAGGAGCUCUACAUUGAAACGACGCACCAGGAGUAUGAGACCAUAAUAUAGCAGAUACACAUCAUCCUGAUUCAAGUCUGCUCUUGGAGGUCAUCACCAUCCAGAACACAUGAGCAACACAUUGGAGCAGCUUUUUCAGAAAAGCUCAGCUCCCAUUUAAGCACCUAAAACAAGUGACCAGAUUUUUCAAACAGGCUCAGCAUCCAGCAGCCGCUGCUGAAAAUCCAGCUACUCCCAGUCAGGACUUCUGGGUUCUACCUCCUGCCACUAGAACAAUAGGUACUUUAUGCAUAAAGGUAUUCCUUGAUCUGCCACUGACUUGCUGAGUACCUUUGCCAAGUGCCUUCACCUGCCCGUGACUCUUCUUCCUGCCUGCUUCAAAGGUACGGGGAGAGAUAAUGUCUGUAAAGUACUUAGAGAUCAGCUAUUAGAAGAAAUGGAGGAGAGAAGAGAACUUAUCUGCUACUGCUUUUACUGGGCCAAAUAAAUCAUUUUGUGUAUCACGUUCUCAAAUAAGGAAUUUCAUGUUAAAUAUAUAUUUUUUGAAGUCUGACACUUUUCAUGUAGGAUAUCUAAUUUUCCCCCUUUGCUAAAGAAGAGUCUGAUUUGGCCAUCCUUACCUCACAGGACAUCCUAUAGGAGUAAUCCCACUGAAUCCCAUCGAUUUUGAGGCCAUAAGAGACCAUCUAUGAUCAAUAGAUUCAG